ACACACGAGGCCUGAAUUAUUUCUCUCGUAAAGCUGAGUGAGAAGCAUCCGACCAAUGGACAACUCGUUCACUUAUUUACCGUCGCCCCAAGCAAACUGAUCGUGGAACAUGUAUUGAAUUUUUCAUACGUAUCGCCCUCGUCUUUUUUCCGUCGCUCGGGUUCUUUUUAAAAAUUCUCGCGAGAAACCGGCAGCCUCGAUUCUUCCCUGAAAGAUUGAACGGCCGUUUCGCAUUCGCGAACGAAAGUGUUCUGUGCCCAAGAUGCACGUCGUGACGAUCGUAUUGCUAUCAAUUUUGCUAUUCCGCGCCUUCCAGCAUAUCCACGGAUACAAUAUUCUAGGUAUUUGUCCGAGUGCGAGUUACAGCCACCAACAACCCUUCCAAGCAUUGAUGAAGGCAUUGGCGGCUCGCGGCCACAGGAUUACCGUAGCAUCAACAAUUCCUCUAAAGAAUCCUCCAUCGAAUUAUGAAAACGUUGACUUAUCAUUUUCCUAUCGGAAGAAGGAUUGCACAGGAUUAAGACAUAUGGGAGCCUAUACGUUGCUUCACAAAAAUAUGUGGGAGGCAAACGAAUUAUGCAGGGAGCAAUUAUUCAGUCCUGCCAUCGACAAGCUGAUAGCGGGCAAUAAAACAUUCGACGCGAUCAUUAUAGAACAAUUAUGGUUCCAGUGUUAUUACGUCCUCGUAAAGCACUACAAUUUCCCGGUGCUGAUAGGAUUUUUGAGCGUAGGCAACUUGCCCUACGUAAUGGAUUCCGUAGGAAACCCAGACGAUCCUAAUUUGAAUCCAGAUAUGGCGUAUCCAUUCACGAACAAAAUGACAAUUAUUGAGCGUAUACAAAAUAUCCUUUAUACAACAUGGACAAGAUUAUAUUAUCGAUACUGGCACUUAUCAAGGGCUCAACGCAUCGCUAACGAAUGGACAUCCGGUGUAUCCGUUUACGAUAUCGAUAAAAACUUCAGUUUGGUAAUCUUGGGUAACAAUCAUGUAUUCGGUUAUCCGAAACCACUACUACCACAUGUGAUAGAAGUUCAUAGUUUGCAAAUUUCGGAAAAAUCCGAGCCGUUGACUGAGGAGAUUCAAGAAUUUCUGGACAACGCACGAGAUGGUGCCAUUUAUUUCUCUCUGGGUUCGAAUCUACAAACUCACCAGCUACCCGCCGGGCCUCUGACCGCAUUGUGCAACGCCCUAGGUUCGCUCAAGCAAAGAGUUCUAUUGAAACAUGACGGUUACAUGGCCAUUCAUCCGACCAACGUCAAAUUUGUGAAGUGGGCGCCCCAGCAAGCGGUCCUCGCGCAUCCCAGGGUGAUGGCGUACGUGAUGCAGGGCGGAUUGCAGUCGUUGCAAGAGGCAGUGCACUACUCGGUUCCGGUAGUCGCAAUUCCCUUUUUCGGGGAUCAACUUUUCAACGCACGUAAAAUCCUAGACGCCGGUAUCGGGCUGACACUGGACAUCGACACCAUGACCGAGAGCACUAUCGUACAAACGCUCCGAGAGAUCGUCGAAAAUAAAACGUAUCUGAACAAUAUCAAGACAAUAUCGGCAAUUGUGCAAGAUGAAGCUGAAUUGAUAAAGCCAAUAGAGAGAGCAGUGUGGAAUGUAGAGCACGUAUUAAAAUUUCCAAAUUCGAGACAUUUACGGUAUCACGGACGAGAUAUGUCAUGGAUAGAUUAUUAUGCAAUAUAUCUAUAUCUGAGUGGAGGUUUCACUCUUUUGUUUUACAUCGGUUAUAUAUUGAAUAUGAAAAAUAUUUCUGUCUUUAUUAAAAGCAGACGGAUAAAUCAUUUGAAACCAAAGUUUGAUUAAUAAUGUAAAUUUACGAUAAUAAUUACGAUAAUGG